ACUCAGCACAGUAGUUCAUGGCUGAUUGGAUGGCGAACCAGCUUCCAAAAUGCCAGAAGCCGCUGAGGAACCCAAAGAUGCAAGCGAUGGCCACGAGGCGGAGAAGACCGCAGAAUCUGAGGUAGUGACCGCUGCAAAAGGUAAAGGGAAAGGCAAGGAGGAGAAGAAGAAAAGCAAGUUCUGGAUCUCUUGGGACUCCUUGGAGAGGCGACUCCAGUUGUCCAAAUGGGUUGCCUUCAGCUGCUCCAAGGACCACACUGCGAAGAUCUGGGAGUUGAACAGCAUGGAGUGCCGUGGUACACUGGCAGGAUUGCAUGAGGGAACAGUUCGAUGUGCAGUCAUCGACUGGAAGGAACUCAUGGUCAUCACUGGCUCAGAUGAUGGUUCCAUGUGCUUGUGGUCACUGGACCGCUGCGAAUGUAAAGAGCAAUGGCUCUCGAACAAACAUGGUCAGCAAACAUGUCUUGCUGCUGACUGGGAGAAUCAGCGUGCUGUCAGUGGUACUGCUCAAGGGAAGCUUUGCUUGUGGGAUUCCAAGAGACUUGCCCUCCUCAGUGUGGUGGCUGCACAUCCUGGAGCUCGCAUCAACAAAGUUUAUGUGGACGUUGUGAUCGGUUUGGCGGUGACGGCAGCUGAAGAUGGUAGAUGCCGUACCUGGGAUGUGACCGUGCCGGAGCUCACCUGUGUAGGCACUUUUGACAAACAUGGUGAAAGUGUCUCGAGCAUGGUGAUUGACUUCAACAAAAACCGCGUUAUGAGCGGUGCAACUGAUGGAUCUGUACAAUUCUGGCAUUUGAAAACGCGCUCGUCCAUUGCGUUGCUGAGUGGCCACACGGACAAGAUCAACAGCAUUGUCAUGGACCUGCAGAAGGCCAUCGCAGUUACGGCUUCAGAUGAUGAGACUGCUCGGGUUUGGGACCUCCAAAGUUUCGCCCCUUUGGGUGUUUUGGAAGGUCACACACUGGCAGUUCGUGACCUCACUGCGGAUUUCGAGGAGAUGAUUUGUGUCACCUGCUCGGAUGACACGACGAUGCGCAUUUGGGACCUGAUGGGACGAACAUGCAUUGCAGUACUGGAAGGGCAUGCAUCUCGUGUGACAUGUUUGCGCUCCAACUGGAAGCGGAAAUUGGUCCUGAGUGCUUCGGAUGACUACACACUGAAGCUUUGGGACAUUGAAAAGCAAUGGUGCGAGGAGACGUUCUGUGGCCACGCUGGAGCAAUCACAAUGCUAUGCUGAAGUCACAUUUGCUUGGAGCCCGUGUUUUCACGCUUCAGGUAACCCUUUGCAGAGCCAAAGAGCUGCAAAUUGGGCAGGGAUGCUCUGCGUGAAGAAGCGUGGGGUGCGACCUGUCUCAGCAUGCCGUGCCAAAGAA